CAGAGUGAUUUAGAGAGUGACGUAGGUUGCUCCUUGGUGGUCAAAGUUCAUACCUCACCUGUGGCCAGGGAGCGUACUCUGGUACCUGGUGGUCAUUCAGCUACCUGGAGGUAGAGGUGGAUUUCUGACAUGCUCACACCUUCUGCCUGGUGCCUUUAACACAAACAGACGGAACUGUAAACAGACUGCCUAACAUUGGGGAUAGGUCGUGCUUGGUUGGUGAUUUAUUGUGCUAAUAUUGAGUAGAGUGCCACAGUAAAUCAGAAAGACUGUAUGCCGAUGACGAGUCUGGACUACCUGAAGUUGGCAGGGGCCGGUGCCGUCACUGUCGGUGCCCUGGCCACAGCUGCUGUCUACUACACUCGACCAGACCAUGUCAAGUUUGCAGUGGAUAUGGACAAACAGUCCGCGGAAAUACCCGGCAAAGAUCGUGCUCGUAUCUCCCGCCUGUGUAAAGAUGGUAAGCUGCUCGAGUACAAGACUGAAGAUGCCAAAACCCUGCAUGAGGUGUUCAAGAGAGGAGCAAGACUCUCCAAUAAUGGCCCGUGUCUCGGAUGGAAGCCCUCACCUACAGAGCCGUACAAGUGGAUCAACUAUGAUGAAGUGCUACAACGAGCAGCUAACCUAGGUGCAGGACUCAUCAAGCUUGGCCUCUCACCCAAAAAUAGCACCAAUGUUGGAAUCUACUCCCAGAACAAACCCGAGUAUGUGAUAUUUGAGCAGGCCUGUUACACAUAUUCCAUGGUGGGCGUGCCACUGUACGACACUCUGGGUGUCGAGGCCUGCAACUUCAUCAUCAACCAAGCUGAAAUAAGUGCAGUACUCUGUGAUACAAACAAGAAAGUUAGCAACUUGUUAGAUCGUUACAAAGAAACAAAGAACAUCCGGCACAUCAUCGUGAUGGAGGAAAUGAAUGGUGAGAUGCAGACCAAGGCCACCUCCCUGGGAGUCAAGCUACAUCAGUUGGCAGAUGUAGAGAAAUUGGGCCAAGAUAACCCUCAAACACCAAAGCCUGCGACCCCAGAUGACCUGUGCAUCAUAUGCUACACCAGUGGAACCACAGGUCUCCCGAAGGGUGCUAUGUUGACACACAGAGGUGUGGUGUCUAUAGUGGUUGCUUGUGAAACGCAGCUGGACGCGUCUGACUUGGUGAUUCAGACAACGGAUGUCUUGAUCUCGUACCUGCCGCUAGCUCAUUCUUACGAACGACUGUUAGAGGUCUACAUCUAUUUGCAUGGAGCUCGGGUGGGCUUCUUCCAGGGGGAUGUGAGGAAGCUGAUGGACGACAUCAAGGAACUUCAGCCCACCAUCUUCCCGACAGUGCCAAGACUGCUCAACAGGUUCUAUGAUAAGGUGAUGUCAGGAGUUAACUCAAGUCCUGUCAAGAAGUUCCUGUUCAACAUUGCUCUGGCAGAAAAGGAGAAGGAACUGAAAAGGGGUGUGAUCCGGAGGUCGAGUAUCUGGGAUCAGUUGAUGUUCCGGAAGGUUCAGGAUGCGCUCGGGGGCAAGGUCAAACUCAUCGUCACAGGCUCUGCACCAUUGUCCGCUAAAGUCCUCGGCUUUCUCAGAUGUUGUGUUGGAUGUCCGAUCUUGGAGGGCUAUGGGCAGACAGAAUGUUCAGCUAUUGCCACGUUACAGAUAGUUGGGGAUCAUCUCACAGGUAAUGUUGGACCGCCGUUGACGUGCAACCAGAUCAAACUGGCAGAUGUUGCUGAAAUGGAGUACUACUCUGGCAGCAACAAGGGGGAGGUUUGCAUCCGAGGCCCCAAUGUAUUCCGGGGAUAUCUGAAAGAUCCAGUAAAGACCAAGGAUGCCCUGGACAGUGAAGGCUGGCUACACACAGGGGACAUUGGAGAGUGGCUGCCCAACGGAGCACUGAAAAUCAUUGACAGAAAGAAGCACAUUUUCAAACUAGCUCAGGGAGAAUACAUUGCUCCAGAAAAGAUUGAAAAUGUUUACAUUCGCUGUUCGUUAGUUGCACAAGUCUUCAUCCAUGGAGACAGUUUACAGUCGUGUCUUGUGGGUGUGGUUGUGCCUGACCCAGACAUGCUGCCCAAGUAUGCAGCAGACAAACUGAAACUCAGACAGUCUAUUGAAGACCUGGCCAGGAAUGCUGAGGUGAAGAAGGUGAUUCUGGCAGAUCUGCUGGAGGUGGGGAAGAAGGCAGGGCUCUCCUCACUGGAACAGGUGAAGGACAUCUAUGUGUAUCCCGAGAUGUUUUCAGUAGAGAACGGUUUGCUCACGCCCACAUUCAAAGCCAAGAGGCAGGAGCUGAAGCGGUACUUUGACUCCCAGAUCAAGGCGAUGUACACCAAGUUAUCCUGAGAAAAACAAUCAAAUUCAUCCAUUCCGUUUAUGAACACUAACAUAACAUGACAAAAUUAAUGUGUGAUAUACAUGCUUGAUGAAGAUGACCACAGAUGAUAGACAGAGACAAGACACCAGGAAGAUACACAUUUGAAGACCUGUUAUUUGAUAUUAUUUUGCAACUUUGAAAUGGUUCCCUUUGUAUGAUGCUUUCAAAAUUUGAUCAAAGUUAAGGUUUAUGCUGAGGGCGUUCUGGGGGCUUGAAGCGCUGGGUGUAAUUUGAAGUUUUUACAGUGUGCAUAUAGGAUUGGUAUCAAAGCAAGCUUGGCACCAUCUGCCUGGAUGACAGCAUUGUGUUGUAACCAUGAAAAAUGGAACCAUGGAUCUAGCUUGUUGUCAUGGUAGCCAUAACCAUGGUUACAGUGGAUGGGCUGAGUUAACAGAAGGCAGGAGGAUGAAGAUUUGGAUUUCUUUUUCAGUCAAUCGCUACAAAAAUAUUUGGGAAGAGAAUGCAUGGUAUUUAAAAGCAUGUUCCGGUAUUGUUUAAUAGAAGAUCUCUUCAGCAUGGCAUUAUUUAACUUAUUAUUAAGUUUCUUGUAUCACAGUAUUUUGUUCUUUUUGAGGAAUUAAACAAAUGAUCACAUCUGUAUGUUUUCCUGCCCACUGUUAAAUACGUGCAAUGCAGGACUGCAACAUCAUUCUUUAGUCUUGUCAUGGUAUUCCAUUGUUAGUUGUUACAUGAAAAUAUUCUAAUUUAUUGACCAAGUUGGUUAAUGAGGUGUGCAAGAUGAGUGACAGAGUGACUUUGCUAGUGUGCCUGUGCUGUGGUGUGAACCUCACAUCUCGACCAACCUUUUACAGAGCUAAGUAUCAAUCUCAUCAAAAUCAGGUCCUUUACUCUCAUAUGAUACCUGUCUGCUUCACAAAUCCUCCAUAGAAGGUCGCUUCUGUUGAACCCUUUGAGACUUUUGACGUCCAAUCUAAAUGGGUCCUUGAGCCAAUCGUAUGUCAGCUAUCUAAACUGAUUUUAACCUCAAUUCAGAAUUGUUUAUUUUAACAAAAGAAAACCCACACAAGGACACAAAUAAUCCUUUUGUUGGUGCUCCCUUUUGGAUGUAGAUGUCUUGGUACUCAGAAACAACAGUGUGUAUUAAAUAUCCACAGUGUAACAGCAUGACUUUUAUUAUUUACAUUCAGAACUGUUCGUUUAACUUUGUUUAUGAGAUACAGAUAUCAGAUAUGCUUUUGUAAAUACUUUACUCACUCAUACUGACAAUUCGAAGCCCUAAAAGUUCACCUGAAGCAACAUCUUUUGGAGGGUUUGUCAGAUAAAAGAUCUGAUUUCAAUGAGAUGGAGUUAAGCAUGAGCUGGCCACAAACCAGCUGAAUUAGCAGCUUAGUAGAAACCUUAAAUUUCUAAACUCUUUUCAAGAUAUCGUCAUCCAGUAACGGUUUUUGCAUCUUCACAGUCGGUUUCACAGCAAGGUUCUUUCCUAUCGUACCACUUGUAAAUAAUAUAUCAAAGAUGAAUUGUCCAAUGCUGAUUUUUACAUGCAAAUCAAAUACUUUCCGAAUAUUUUUGAUUAACGAAAAAAUGCAAGCUAUCACGUUUUCCUCUUUAUAUCAUGAUCCUGCAGUUAAUUUGUUAUUGGAUGCAUAUUUGUACAUAUCUGACAUAAUUCUGUAACAGUGUCUGUCUUGGUUCCUCUGAGACCUUAUAUGGACAUAAUAGGCUGUUGUGUACAUCAGUAUCUGUUGUGAUUGAGCUUACGACUUUGUUCGAGCUGUAGGCUUUCAGUUGUGUUUUGAUGUCAAAAGGCCACUCCAAACUGAAGCAGCAUGUCAGCAUAAACAAUUGUGUCAGUGUUCUUUCAUUUGCAUUGCAAAUCAAUGCAGCAUGUAGGUUUUCAAUCACUCAAAAGUGAUACUUGCUGCUUGAUUCCUUGAAGCUCAAGGUAAAAUUAUAAUAUCAUGGAGCCAGUAUCUUAGUUUUACUUUUUUUCACUUGUCUUCUCUGAUAAUAUACGCUUUCUUCUCACAUUUCUCUAUCCACCUAUUAUGGCAAAUCUUACAGUGUUCUUCUGUAAUAUACAACUGGCCUUCAUUAGACAUACACAGGGGAGGUAACCUAGUGGUUAAAACGUUUGCUCGCCACACAAUAGGCCCGUUCGAUUCCCAUAUGGGUACAAUGUUAAGAAACCCCAUUUCUGACUGUAUGCUCCCACCAUGAUAUAGCUGGAAUGUUGCUAAUAGCAGCGUUAAUCCCAACUCACACACUCACUGAAGUCUGUUAAAUAUUUUUCCUGAACUGCUGCACUGACGCGCUGCCUGAAUGUGGGUUUUGAAAAAAAAUGUGCUGCUUCUGUGUGUGCUGGCCUUUUGAUUCAAUGUAAAGGGUGUGUAAUGUGUGUAUAUUCUAGCAUAUACAGAUGAUAGAUCAUUUUAAUAUACAUGCAAGCACCACAUGAGGACUGUCUAUGCUGUCUAUAGUUAAUUUGGACCUAAGAAUUUAGGCAAACAGGUUCAUCUCUCUCAGUUGUAACAAUGCAUCUAGAUUACAUUACAUCGAAAGUGAAUAGCGUAAAGAAACAAAUUAUGUCUUGGUUCUCUGCAAUUGUGUCAUUAUAUUAUUUGUAAUAGCACUGUCUGUUUGCACGUUUUGACACAAGUAAUCCUUUAUUUUUUUAAUUGGUUGGUUGUAUAAUGUUAUUGAAAAUUGUAUAGAUAUUUGGACGUUUGAUCUAGUCUUGUCAGUAGACAGAACCUGGCGGAAUGAAGCAUUUCUUAUGUAUACACUGAACUGAUGAGAAGACAGGAUGUAUGUUAUUAUCGAUUUACUCGAUGUCAAAACAAAACACAAAAACCACAGAUUCCAGUUGCAGCAACUUUGACUGAUAUUGCUUAAUGGGAAUUGGUACAGAUGUGCUGUUUGAGCAGUAAAUCAACGGCUGGGGAGAUAGGAGUGAUAGGCUAUGACAAAGACUGUUGUAGGAUGGGUUUGUUGAAUUACAUCAGGGUUGCCAACAGGGAUAUUUCCACAGAUGUUCUUCAAUCACCCCUUAAUGUUGUAGUGAAAGCUGUUCACAUGAAUGCUAAAGUUUGGGUUUACCAACUGUGUUGGUAAACAGCUGUUAUAUUCUGAGUUGAAUGUAGUCAUGUUUUGUCCGUAUGACCGCAGAGUCGUGAUUUGAUGAGAACGUGGAGGCUGACAGUAUUUCUUCAUCUUGGAUCAGGAAGAAUAAUCAUCGAACAGGAGAGUGGUGGAUUUUCACAUAGAAUCUACCAUCUCGAGAACGGCCUGCCAAAAAUACACCUAAAUCUGUAUAAGCAUCAAGUUUGUGUUUUUUCAACUGUUUUAUAUACAUAUGCAGAGGUUGUCAGAAUGCAGUUUAAGUGCUUUUUGUUGUUUGUUCCUUUGCGUAUUUAACUUUACAUGUUGUUACGUUGCAUUGUGUUGGAGUGAGUAGUCUGGUGUGGAGAGUAGGAGGCGUGUGUCUGACUUCAGCCAUGUUUAGUUCCAGAAAAAACAGUCAUCAUAAAGCGUUCUCUCACACAUCGUAUUCGAAAACAUGUCAGUUUUAUGAAAUAAAGGUAUGGCGUAUCAACUUUACCAUUACAUAAUGAGAGUUGCUAGUCAUCUAUUCCUUUGCAUUAUAUCUGCUUUUGUUUUUUUCUUCUGACGGGCCGGUUUCCCCCCCGAAUGUUUCUGCACCAUAACCUUGCUUGUGAGUUUCACCAAAGUGGUAAAGAUGUAAGAUCUGCAUCACUUCGGGCCUUCCUCCCACAUGGCUGACACGUGAUAAAACUGGAAUACUGUUAAAAGUGGCAAUAAACACAACUCACUCAUUCUUCAGAUGGGUGGCAGUUUUCAUGUAGAGUUGUGUCCCUUAGCUGGCAAGAUUUUUAGAAGAAGCAACCACACAAAGUUUUCAUUUGGCUCAUGAUUGUGGGGUUCGAGUCCCGGUUCUCCCCAGUUACGUUUCUGGGAUUGUCAAGCAUACCUGUCAUGGGUUUUAGUAGUAAACGUCUGAGACAUGCAUGACUUUGGGCUUUCUUCCCACAUAAAGCUGACACGAUGCCAUCAUGUAACUGGAUUACUGUUCAAAGCAUUGUUGAACCCAACACUCACUAAUUGAGCCAAUUCAAAGUGUUGACUUAACAAAUAUUUCCAACAAUACUGGUGCAAAACCUUUUUGAAGAAACUUGAGAAUUACCCAAAUCACUUGCUAAUUGUUUUUAUUUGUAUGCUUAAGGUGGCUGAUUUAAAAUUGAGUGCUUUUCCUUUUGGUUUUAUGCACUGAGGCGUCGAAAUGUGGCAGGGAUAUCCAGUUGUGUGGACUCCUGGCGAUUAGGGCUAGAGACAGGAGGGAAUGUGCUGCAGGUCAAUAAAAGACAUGAACAUUUUGGUGGGUCUUUGGUCUGUUGGUGGACAAUGUCUGUCUGGUUAAGACACACCAUGUGUUGUUCUGUACAGAGAAUUGUUUCUUGUCACAGAAAGAGAUUCUCUAUCCUGGAUUACAAGUAUAUUAUAUGUGAUUUUUAAAAGUGAAAACCAUCUUCAUCAUCAGUUUGCUUACGUUGGAUAGUGCAGUACUUGUACACAAGAAAGGAUCCUCUACCAGAUAUGUACUUGAAAUCCCUACAUUGUUAAUCACACAAGGGGAUCCUAUUGUAGAACACUUUACUGGCAAGAGUGAGGAGCUGCGUUGAAUUUGUGAAUCAAUUAAAAUUUUCCUGAUCCCUUUUCUUCAUUGACUGACAUUAACCACUUGUGUUUUGUACAGUUGAUAUUUCUUUACCUUCAGAUUCCCAGCCAGUCUAAACCCCAUGUUGUAACAAGUACCCAAGGACUCAUUUUUUGCAGAUGUAUUCCAAGGGGCACUAUUUGAAAUGAGGAAAAGCUAGUAUAACUUGAAGGAUAAUUUUUCAAACAUAGCUUUAAUACAUUACUAUAAGUGCUUAUGUUUAAGUAGGAAUAUGUCUAUCAGACACUGUUUGGCUUUGUACAUACACACAAAUCCUGUCAAUAUUUAAUACAUGCAGUUGUUUAAGACUAGACUACUGGGAUGCCAGGGAAUCUGAAGUGAUUACGAUAUCUUGAGUGAAUGAAGAGUGGAGAAACUAUUUUGUAUUUGGUAAAGAGAACCUUGAGUGAGUUCUGUCAUGAACUCAUGUCAGCACAUGUGUAUCAUACAAUCGUCACUUUCUCUCGAUUAAAGAGAUAACACUGA